ACUCUCUCCUUGUGGUCAACCGCACUCCAUCAGCUGUCAAGCGGAUUACCUAAAGCCUGUACAGACCAAGCGGCUGCUUUGGCAAUGGUGCUGGUGGUAAAAUGAUCAACAUUUAAUGUGGGAGACAUUUAGACGGCGUUCAUAGUAACCGACAGCACCUGCAAACAGAGGUAAACUCCGUUGUCAUCUUUACCUUAAUGCUGCAAAGGAUGAAUCCCCGAGGAACCAAACAAGCAUGUCGGGAAUAGAAGCGCAAAGGACAACGAAAACGCUGAAGUAGGCGCACCACGCCUUUGUGCGUUUUCUGAGCCUAUAGACUGCAAACCGGUGUGUACGCUGCCCCACAGUCGGAUGUGUUUGAAUACUGCGCACCCAUGCGCUUAUUUCAGCUGAGAAAGGACAGCCGAUGGACAAUGAUGUCAGCGCUGUGGACUUAGCGGAGGCUCUGAACGCUACAACUUUAAGGGGCCGUUCACACCGAACGUGUUUUUGAAUCCGUCCGCGCUGUUUUGUAAUAAUUUUCCAACGUAAACAUGCGCUAGUCGGCCGUUUUUGACAGUUGCGUCUUUUCAGCAUCUCUCGCAGGAGCGCCGCGGUUUUUAAACGCAGUAUCAACUUCAGUUGUUACAAACGCGUCUCGAGACACCUGCGUUCUGUUAUAUUCGUUGCGCCGCGUCUUGCUGUUGUUGUUUUAUUCAGAAUCUCGCGCAGGAGAGCCACGUUUUUUAGACGCUGUGUCAAGUAAACAAAUAACGUUAGCUGUUAACGUGUCUCGAGACACCUGCGUUUGGUUGAAUUCGUUGCGCUGCGUCUCUGUCGUUUUUUUAGCAUCUCGCGCAGGAAUGCCGCGUUUUUUAGACGCCGUGUCAAGUAAACAAAUAACGUAAACUGUUAAAAACCUGCCUCGAAUCGCUGUUUCUUUCUUUCUUUUAUCUUUCCAGCAUCUCGCGCAGGACUGCCGCGUUUUUAGACGCUGUGUCAAGUAAACAAAUAACAUCAACUGUUAAAACGUGUCUCGAAUCGCUGUUUUUUUUUUUUUUUUUUCAGCAUCUCGCGCAGCAGUGUCGCGUUUUUAGACGCAAUAUAAGGUACACAAAUAACGUAAGCUGUUAACGUGUCUCGAGACACGAGCGUUCGGUUCGUUGCGCUGCGUCUCGCUGUUUUUUUAUUUAUGCAUCUCGCGCAGGAGAGCCAUUUAUUUUAGACGCAGAGUGAAGUAAACAAAUAACGUAUACUGUUAUAAACGCGUCUCGAGACACCUGCGUUCGGUUACAUUCGUUGCGCAACGUCUCGCUGUUGUUGUUGUUGUUGCUUUGUUGUUGUUUUCAGUGUCUUGCGCUGGAGCGCCGCGUUUUUAGAUGCAGUGUUAAAAAGAACAUCAACUUUUAAAAAUGCUUUCGGGACCAUAGAACUGCUGUGGAGCUUUAAUUGCAAACAAACAAGCCAUUUUGCGUCACUUGACGUUUAAAUUAAACUGGCUACUCUGGAGAAUACGUCGCUGUGUUAAGGCAUAGGGUACGCAUGUUGUGUUAAAGUUAGCACAGGCUUCUAAGAAUAUAGUUGCUGUCGGGCAUCGGUUUAACUCCACGAUCCAUUAUGCUGUCCACUUGGCACGCUAGUCAACCUUGACGCCACCGAAAUGCUGCCGGGCUCGAUUCAGAUAACGGGAGAGGCGCUGUCCGGUGCUGAAAUCAAAGAUAUAUGCGACAGUCUGAAAGAGAACAGUGUGCGACUUCUGUCUGUACGCGGAUGUCAGCUGUCUGAUCGAGACUUUGGCCGUGUGUGUCGCGGCGUUUCAGAGUCGCAUUCUCUCGCGCAACUGAACCUGAACCUCGGUGUGGUGUCCACCAUCAACCGGACGAAGCAGCUGGCAGAUGCGCUGAAGGCCAACAGAUCCAUCCAGACACUCUUUCUCCAUGGGAGUCCACUGUUAGAUGCAGGAUUGGUCACUCUGAACACAGCUCUCUCCACUCACCCAUCACUGGUGUCAUUGGACUUGGGCGACUGCAUGCUGGGUGAUGAAGCUGUGCGUCUCAUUUGUGGCAUGCUACCUCCGGAUGGAGCCAAAUCAGGGCUUAAAGAGCUUACACUGAGUGCCAACCCGGCCAUCAGCAGCCAGGGUUGGGCUCGACUGGCCAUCGCCGUGGCUCACAGCUCACAGUUACGGGUCCUCAACCUUGACUACAAUCCCUUAGGGGAUCACAUUGCUGGAAUGUUGGCUGUCGCUGUUGCAUCCAGUCGAACUCUGGAAGUUCUGGAUAUGGAGGGAACUGGUCUCAGCAAUCAGUCAGCACAGGUCUUCCUAGACAUGGUGGAGAACUACCCCACCAGCCUGCGUGUGCUAGUUCUGGCAGAGAAUGACAUCAGCCCUGAGCUGCAGCAGCAGAUCUCAGAUCUGCUCUCUGAAGGAGAGGAGGAGGAAGAUAAAGACGGAGAGGCCCGCGGAAGCUCGGUGGCCCCCAGAGAGAAACCGGCCUGGGUUCCCCACAGCAUAACUGCUUCUAAGAGGCUGGGGAACAAGGGAAGUACAGAAACUCACAUUUCUUAUGCAAUAUUUAGGACAGAUCCGAUACUGUUUAUGAAAUAGAGAUUUCUAAUAAUGGCCAGGUUGCGAGUUGUUCUCUGUGCUGUAUAUCCUGAAGUCAUUAUACAGUUCUCCCAAAAAUGAACUUUCUGUCAUUAUUUACUCACCCUCAUGUUGUUCCAAACCUCUGUUGAACACAAAAGAUAUUUUUUAUAAUUUUCAAAUAAUAUCUUGGUUGCUUUAUUGCCACAUAAUUAAAGUAAAUGGAGACUAGGGGAGUAUCAAGCUCCAAAAUGACAAAAAGAAGGACUAUAAAAUCAUCAUUAAAGAAGUCAGAUGAUCCCUGAGCUCAGCAUGUAUUUUCGACAGUGUUUUUGCAGUGUUUUUUGUCCUUUUCUGAGAAGAAGGUAAAAUGAUCAGUGAAUAGCAGCUUAAAUUAUCAGCUUAAAUUUGAGUCACACAAAGCUUUCGUAUGGCUUCUUAAGACUUGGAAUGUAGCACUAAAGUCAUAUGGAUUACUUUUAUGGUGUUUUUUUUUUUAAUUUUGGAGCUUGACAAUCCCAGUCCCCAUUCACUUUCAUUAAAUGGAAAACAACAGCCAGCAAAUUCUUCAAAUAAUUCUCCUGUGUUUCAAGGAAGAGAGAAAGUCAUACAUGUUUGGAACAACAAUACAUGAUGACAGAAUUUUCAUUUUUGGGUGAACUAUCCCUUUAAGGAAGAAUCUUUAGUGGACAAAGACUAGCAGUUCAGAAAUGGUUUAGCCUUUUUCCUGGCCUCUUUAGAAUUAUUUCAAACAUUUACCAAAUUGUCUCUGAACCUUACAGACUCAUCCAGAUCCCAGAUGGUCCUGAUGACAUCAGGACUGGGUGAGAGCUUUUUGGCAGAGACAGAGAUGUGAUACUGGAGCUGCCUAUGUUUUGUGUUUGCACUGCCCGACUGCUGCAAGACCUCCAGUUAGCGUGCAACCUCUAACACCGCAUGACCUGUAGCACUUAGAAGAAGAUAGUUCGAAGCUGGAGCAACAACCUUAAACACCAAGUGACUUAUAAUACGCAAUAGUGAAUGAUUUAUUUUACAGAUAUACAGUCUAUUUAUAAAUAAGUGUUUAACCAAUAAGUAUACUCAGUUAGAUCAGCUGUAUAUGGUUGAUGUGAUGGCCUGAUGUCUGAAUAAAUAUGUUUACACAUUUUUAAAUGCUUGUUGGUUCUCGUUGUGUCCAACACCUGACUGAUAAAAAUGAUAAGAACUACAUUAGUGAUGCAAAUAACAGGAGAACGAGUCCUAAAGAGUCAACAUGUGAUCCGAAAAUAUCACAGAAGCACUACAAAAUUAUGUGAGUCCUUUAGCAUUUUUAUUUUGUAUCACACAUUUGCUUUUCAUGACACUACGAUUAAGUUUAGGUUUAAGAUUUAUGGUAGGGAGGUUGGUUUUGUUGAUUUAAAACUUGACAGAGCAUUAAAGGGAAAGUUCACCCAAAAAUGAAAAUUCUCUCAUCAUUUACUCAAUUUGAUGCCAUCCCAGAUGUGUAUGACUUUCUUUCUUCUGCUGAACACAAAUUAAGAUUUUUAGAAGAAUAUCUCAGCUCUGUAGGGCCAUACAAUGCAUGUAAAUGGUGACCAGAAAUUUUAAGCUCCAAAAAGCACAUAAAGGCAGCAUGAAAAUAAGCCAUACAACACCAGUGGUUUAAUCCAUGUCUUCAGAAGCGAUAUGACAGGUGUGGGAAUAUUUAAUUUAAUUGAAUCUUUUAAAACUAUAAAUUCUCCUCCCUGCCCAGUAGGAGAAAGUGGAGAUUUCUAGUCACAAUUCACUUGCAUUGUAUGGACCCACAGAGCUGAAAUAUUCUUCUAAUAAUCUGUUUGGGGGGACAAUUUAAUUUGCUUUUAGGGCCACACAGUAGAUAUUUUGAAACUGUUGUGGUCAAUAUGAACCACAUAAUAUCAUUUAGUCAUUUUAAUUUUCACUAAAUGAGAUCAAACUGAAAAUGGUUUGACCAAGACAAAAUGAUCUCCUGUGUUUACACACUGUAUCUCCUUUUAAAAUCAGGAAGUUGGGGUGAGAUGUCUUGAAGGGCAUACAGAAAUAGCUUUUUGUGAUAAGCUUUUCAAGACAUCAAAUUGUAAAAAUUA